UGGAAAAUAAAGCGUGAAUUUUCAAUGUCAGUGUAAAACAUUAAAGUUACAUAAAAAAGCAUGGGUGGAUCUGUCAGGAAGUUCAUAAGACCGAAAGCCUACUAUGACAUUGAAAGAAGAGCACUGAAACAGAUUGAGAAGGAAAAGGAUAAACCAAGAGCAGCUCCGAAACACAAAUCGCGUGCAAAAGAUCAAGAGGACGUAUACGCUAAUCCUGACCCAUCACUGCUAAUGAAGAAUGAACAAUUAAACAGUCGAAUGAAGGGGAUGUACCUAGAGUCUUAUGGAUCAGCACCAGAGGUCAAAUCAAAAUCAAACCGCCCCCUGCCAGAAAAUCGUUUACAAGUGGAGAGUACAUAUGACAAAUAUGGAUAUCACAUUCCAAACCGAGUCGCACAUGGGAAAGUCAACUUCAUGCAAAUGAUGGAGCUAUUACGAAAAUACUCAGAAUCCAAAGGCCAAUACAGCGCGGCUGACAUAGCGGAAGACUACAAAGUAGACCCAGUGAAAAUACAAAAUGUACUGAAUCAUUUCCAGGUCCUACAGAUUCAUUUACCAAAAGGGAAAGGAGUUCAGAGUUCAGCAGUAAAAUUAGAAAUCAAAGACAGUAAAACUGAUCCGAUAGGACAGAUAGAUUCCAAAGUCACCUGAGAUUAGUUAAAAAUAAAACUAUUAUUAUAUUAAAUUCUAAUUUAUUUCAUGUGUGAUAUUUGCCUGUCACUGCAGAGUAGUGAUUAUGUCUUGUUUUGAUUUUGAAAUGAGAGUAAUUAAUCUCUCUUAUUGUUGUAAUACUUGAAUAUAGAGUAAUUAAUCUCUCUUGUAA